AUGAAGAAAAAAAUUAAUACCAUUGUUUGUGAAUCUAAAGAACUCCUGAAUCCCUCUUCCAAAGUAACAAAUUGUUGCAAAUCACUGUGGGUGAAAUACAGUUUUCAGAAGGCACACAUGACCAGACUUGCCAGCAACCAGCUAGUUUCAGCCAUGUCAAGGAACCCAGAUCACAAUUCACCUUCGCAGCCCAAGGAAAACAGCACUGGCCAGAACGAUUACCAGGAGGAGAUAAUCCAAAAGUUGGCCGUGCAGCUGAAAAACAUUGGAGACAGCAUUGAUCACAGGAUGGUUCAAGAGGAUCUUCAGCGGGAAGGCAGAGAUGCCCUGGCUCAUUUUGUCGUGGUUUUCUUUGGAGGAGCUCACCAGCUGCUGCGCUUCAUCUGGAAUAACCAUUUGAUGUAAAAGGAAUGUAGAUGUCAAGUUCUGUUAUCCUACUACCCUCGGAGAAACAUGAGACCCAGCGGCACAGAUGGGAAGAAGACCCUUCUCCGGCUCCCUCUCUUUUUACCUGUCCUUGUUGGUUUACGCCUGGUUGGUUGGUUGGAGAACUGUGGACUCACUGACCGUUUGUCUGCUCAGAGCCACCAGCUGUGAUUGCUUCAUGGUAGGGCCCAUGGAGGCGGGUGGAUGGUCCCAGUGCUCCUUGUGAGGAGAUCCUGAGCAUUUCCUUCUAUAAGUGAAACUGAACCUUGUUCUGAAAUCAGAGGUCACAGAAAUGGGUGCUUUCUCCUGGGCCCCUCCCUGGGUACCCCCAGUUCUUGGUGCCCAUGUCCAGAUCCGCAGUGCCCCAUUUUUCUCCUCCUUUCUG